AUGCAGGACGUGAUUUACUAUUAUUUCAAUGGCCUCAAGCACGAAGAGGUCACCGCACAAGCACUCGAAAAGGCCAUGUUCUUUGCAAACGAAGCCCUUCUCACCACCGCCGCCUCGCUAUCCCAGAAGCGCACCAUCUUCUAUAGCCCGGGAACUGCAGUCAUGAAGCCGAAAAAGGAUUUAGCAGCGGUGAUAUCUGUUACUGCACUGAUAUUUCUUCAAGUGAUGGCUCUUUGUGCUCUGAUGUGGUUCAUUCUGCGUGCCCCUACGUGGACGCAGACUCUUGAUGCAGAUGCUUUGGCGCAGAUCGGAGGUCAACUGAAGGAAUGGGGAGAGCGCAGACCGAAUCUAAGGCGGAUAAAUGGUGUUGUGAGAGUUGAUGAGAUUCUACACCAGGCCGAGACGUCAUUGGUGAGACUGCCAUCAGCACAGGAUGGUGCCUCGCAGCCAGGGUCUGUACAUUUGACCCUUGGUGGGGAGGGACUGAUCAACAGAGGUGUGAUGAAAAGGAUGCCAGCAGAUAUAACUACUGCAGUCCAAGCGUGA